AGUGGUCCUCGCAUGGGAUAAGGUCCAGAUACAUACCAGUGUAAACGGAAAACCGGAAUAAUUGUCUGCAGGUGCUUCUGGCAAAGAAGGAAAAAACAAACAAAACGAAAUUGGAACAUAUAUCUUUCGAUCCACGUAUGAAGCGGGCCGUAAAUAAGAUUUAUUUCAGGAGGAUAACAGGCUGCAGAUAAAAGAAAAAAGAAGCAGGAAAAUGGUUAGAAAUAAAAUCUCUCACAUGCGGAGUCUUCUGAAAAUAUUUCACAUUCAUUCACCAGAACAAAGAAAGUUAUCAACAUCGUGCGUUGCUUUCAACAAAUAUGUAACCAGCCAAUCAGAUAAAGAUGUGCAUUCGCCUCGCAUAUUAAUAACAGGAAGCUUAGGUCAAUUAGGAACAGGAUUAGCAGCAAAAUUGAGGGCCCGUUAUGGAGCAGAAAACGUUAUAAUGUCCGACAUUAUAAAAGCGCCUCAACAAAUUUUAGAUGCAGGCCCUUACAUCUAUGCGGACAUAUUAGAUUUCAAAAAUCUCCAAGAAAUAAUUGUGAACUACCGAAUCGACUGGUUGAUCCACUUCAGCGCUCUUUUGAGUGCCAUUGGCGAAGAUAAUGUUCCUCUAGCUAUGAGAGUCAACAUUGAAGGACUGCACAAUGUGAUGGAGUUGGCAAAACAAUACAGGUUGAAAAUUUUUGUGCCAAGCACGAUAGGAGCUUUUGGGCCAGAUUCGCCAAGGAAUCCCACUCCAGAUUUAUGUGUACAGAGACCUCGUACUAUAUAUGGGGUAUCCAAAGUUCAUGCAGAGUUAUUAGGGGAGUAUUAUCACUUCAAAUAUGGAUUGGAUUUUAGAUCCUUGAGAUUUCCUGGAGUGAUAUCUGGAGACACAGCGCCAGGAGGUGGAACAACAGAUUAUGCAGUUGUGGUCUUCCACGAAGCCCUCCGUACAGGGAAAUUCAAAUGCUACCUCAGAGAUGAUACCAAAUUACCCAUGAUGUACAUUGAAGAUUGUCUAAGGUCCUUAAUCGAACUUAUGGAAGCACCAAGCGAAUCUCUUAAACUAAGAACUUACAAUGUUGCUGCAAUUAGUUUUACUCCGAAAGAAUUAGUUAAAGCAGUGCAAAAGCAUGUGCCACAUUUGCAAGUGGAAUAUGUUCCCGAUCAUCGUCAAGCCAUAGCUGAUUCCUGGCCUCAAGAAUUUGAAGAUAUAAAUGCAAGAAGAGAUUGGGGUUGGAAACACGAAUAUGGUAUUGAUGAAUUAUGCAGUGCUAUGAUUGAAGUGUUAAAACCUUAUUACUGCGGAGAAAACUGAAUUAAUUUAUUUUAAUUUCCAUUGCACCAUUAAAAACUUUUGACAAUCCAAAUUUCAGAACUUUCAUGUUACAGAAAUAUUAUCUGUUAAAAAACCUUCGGAAUAUGUAAAAUUAUUUUUUUGAAAUGUUAUAUUAUAAAUAAAAUGUUAUAUAAAUAUAAAUAAUAAAUAAUGUUAUAUA